CAGAAACAAAAAAAGAGAUAUAAUAUAACCAGAAGACCCAACAUAUAAUCCUAAAUCUUCUCAAAUGAGUAUGAUUGGAACUAAAAGUUUCUUCAUAUCUUCUUCGCCUAAGGUUCCAGUUGGAAUCUCAUGGGGACCCAGUUCAUAUCGUACAAACUCCUCUCUGAGUGUCAGGUCGCCGACCCUCACAUGCUCGAUAUCUACCAUUUCACAGCCUACUCGCAAGGAACCGGCUACUACAAAACCAGAAAUCAUGGAGGAACUGCAUGAGGGAACCAGGAAAGAAUUGCUAACAUCAUCCAGUCCAAUUGCUACAAUGAAGUUAAUUGAUUCAAUUCAACGACUCGGAGUUGGAUAUUAUUUUGAAGAAGAAAUCAAUACAUUACUUGAUAGAUUCUUGGACUUGGAAACUACCGAAGAUCUUCUUGCCACUGCACUUCGCUUCCGGUUGCUGAGAGAUAAUUGCUUCCCAGCUCACUCUGAUGUUUUCGGCAAAUUCAUGAACAAGGACGGGAAAUUCAAGGAGUCCUUAAGGAAGGAUGUGUGGGGCUUGUUGAGUCUGUAUGAGGCAUCUUACUUGGGCACAAAAGAUGAGGUUGAAUUGGUUGAAGCGAUGGAGUUCACUAAGACUUGCCUGGAGGAACAAUCAAUUCCAUUAAUGGCACACAAACUUAGUAGACAUGUUUCUCAAGCCUUGGAUCUUCCUAGACACUUGAGAAUGCCUAGGUUGGAAGCUAGAAAUUAUAUCCAUGAGUAUAGCUUGGAAAGCAACAACAGCCCACCUCUUCUGGAGUUAGCCAAGUUAGAAUUUAACGCUGUUCAAUCACUCCAUCAGAAAGAGUUGAUUGAGAUUGUCAGGUGGUGGAAACAGUUGGGUCUAGUCGAUAAGCUUGGUUUUGCUAGAGAUCGACCCCUGGAGUGCUACCUCUGGACUGUAGGCAUAUUUCCAGAGCCAUAUAAUUCCACAUGCCGAAUUGAAUUAACAAAAACCAUUGCCAUCUUAUUAGUUAUUGAUGAUAUCUUUGACACUUACGGCUCAUUGCCUGACCUUAUUCUCUUUACUGAAGCGGUUCGAAGGUGGGAUCUUAAUGCAAUGGAAUCACUACCUGAGUAUAUGAAAAUAUGCUAUAUGGCACUGUACAAUACCACUAAUGACAUUGGAUUUAUGAUUCUUAAACGACAUGGGUUGAGCAUUGUCCCUCACCUGAAAAGAACGUGGAUAGACAUGUUUGAAGCUUUCUUGACCGAAGCGAAAUGGUUCAACAGUGGAUAUGUGCCAACUCUUGAGGAAUAUUUAGACAAUGGGGUAACAACUGGAGGCACAUAUAUGGCAUUGGUUCAUUCAUUUUUCCUCAUGGGCCAAGGUGUUAAUAAAGAGACUGUGACGAUGAUGGAACCAUAUCCUGAUCUCUUUUCUUUGUCAGGAAGAAUUCUUCGGCUCUGGGAUGAUCUCGGCACUGCAAGGGAGGAACAAGAAAGAGGAGAUGUUGCAUGCAGCAUAGAAUGUCUCAUGAGAGAGAAAAGAAUUUCAUGUGAUGAUGAAGGAAGGAAGCAAGUAAGGCAGCUCAUUCGAAGCUUAUGGACAGAGCUCAAUGGUGAACUGAUCGCCCCAAGUGCGAUGCCUCUGUCAAUCAUUAAUGCUUCACUUAAUCUAGCGAGAACUGCCCAAGUUGUGUACCAGCAUGGGGAUGACAAGAAGGGUUCCAGCGUUGAUAAUCAAGUACAAGCGUUAAUCUACAUACCAAUCUCAUUUCCUAAAAGAAGAGAUUUGAAAUUAUUAUGACCACAUACUUAAGUUGUGUUUGGUUAAAAACUACUAAAUAUUUCGUUUAAUUUCCGAAUGAAUUUUAUGAUGUAUUUGGUCGAUCAAAUUCAAAAUAGAACUUAUCUCAUUUAUAAAUAAAUUUCUAAUAGAAUUUUUUUGCAA